AUAGGGAGAUAGAGGAUGAUAUAUGAGGGUGCGUUCAGGGUGCUAGUUGGGAGUACCAUCGUCUGCUUGGGGGGAGCUGAGAGGGCUGAGUUGCAAGGGGCAUUUCAUCUGUGCACUGAGUUCUCACCUUCCUCCUCUUCCCUCAGCGAGCGAGACACAGAGUUCCUGGCCAUGUCGUCACCCGGCCACACCCGUUUUGCCCGCCGGAUGAGUUCCAGCCAGUGUGUGUUGGGCAUUGACAUCGGCACCACCUCAGUGAAAUGCUGCCUGGUGGAUGUUGCGUCCAAGGAGGUGCUGUCCAGCCAGAAGAAGGACACCUGCUCAAAUGUGCCAAGCGAGCUGGGGACGGGGGGUAACAAGCAGGACGUGCCCCGCAUCCUGUCGGCGCUGCAGAUGUGUGUGUCUCGCCUGCCGCGGGAGAUGCUGCGGAAGGUGGUGCGGGUGGGGGUGUGCGGCCAGAUGCAUGGGUGUAUGCUGUGGAAGCAGGGUCAGGCGUGGGAGCAGAAGCCAGACUCUGACAGGUUUACCUUUAACGAGGUGAGCAACCUGUACACCUGGCAGGACAGCAGGUGCAGCCAGGAGUUCCUCUCGUCGCUGCCAGUGCCGGAGUCCCACAUCGCCAUCUCCUCUGGUUACGGCUGUGCCACGUUGCUCUGGUUCUCCAAACACAAGCCAGACCACCUCACCAAGUUUGAUCGUGCUGCCACCAUCCAUGACUUCCUCGUGUGCAUGUUGUGUGGCCUGGAGAAGCCUGUCAUGUCUGUGCAGAAUGCCGCCUCCUGGGGAUACCUCAACACUGAAACCAAGGAGUGGAACACAGAACUACUGCAGGAUGCCGGGCUGCCCCUGGAGUUCCUGCCCAAGGUGGUGGACUCAGGGAAGGAGGCGGGCAAGCUGAAGGUGCACUGGUAUGGCAUCCCUGCUGGCACUCCUGUCCUUGCAUCCCUAGGUGACCUCCAGUGCUCCGUGCUUCCACUGCUCACCAAGAACACUCAGGCCAUCAUCAACAUCUCCACCUCUGCCCAGAUGUGUUUCAAGAUGCCGCAGGACUUCAAGCCAUGUAGCAAGCCCCCCAGCAGCCCCAGCCCCAUCGAGUACUUCCCAUUCUUCAAGUCUUACCUCGCCGUGGCCGCCUCACUCAAUGGCGGCAAUGUGCUGGCAGCCUUUGUGAGGAUGGUGCAGCAGUGGAGCCUGGACCUUGGCUUCUCUGUGCCGCAGUCAAAGAUCUGGCAACGAAUUCUUGAGCUUGGCGGAGAUGCAGCAAGUGAGUCCAACCUGUUGAUUGAGCCCACACUUUUCGGCGAGCGACACUGCCCCCUCCAGACCGCCUCUGUGUCGAAUGUGGACCUGGGCAACCUCUCUCUGGGGCAGGUGAUGCGGUCCCUGUGCAAAGGCGUCAUCACCAACAUGCACAGUAUGAUGCCACGGUCCAUGCUGGAGGAGAAUGAGAUCACCAGCAUCAUCUGUGGGGGCUCAGCACUGGCCAGAAACCCCAUACUGCUGCAGGAGUUGGAGCACGCCUACCAGCUGCCCACCACCCUCGACUCCAGGGGUGACGCAGCGUACGGCUCAGCACUGGCGGCGAUCAAUGCUGGGGCAGACUAGGCUGUGGUGGACUGUGGUGGACUGUGGUGGCGCCUGUGAUGAUGAGAAUGAGUAUACUUGUGUGUGUGUGUGUGUGUGUGUGUGUGUGUGAAGUGCCUUGGUUCUGUGUGCUUUGAGGUGGUUGUGGAGUGUUUUCUUAUUCUUUAGUGAUGGUUUUAGAGAGAGAGAGAGAGAGAGAGAGAGAGAGAGAGAGAUAAUGAGUUAGUAUGGUGAAAAAAAAGACUUACUCAUACCUACAUUUCCAAACUGAUGCUAAAUAAAUGAGACAGAGAAAAUAAGGUAAUGAGUUAGUACAGAGAAAAAAAAAAGCUAGACUACUUCAUACCUACAGUAAUUGUGGAAAGUUGCAAAUGACGGCAGCCAGUCCACUUCAUAAGGGUCUGCAAUAAAUGUGCACCCAUCACCAUAUCGUACCUUGCGGGUGAUUAUUGUAUGUUUCCAAACAGAUGCUGAAUUAAUGCAUUAGUUUGAAUAAGGAAAAAACAAAACAAGACAAACUCACAUAUUCAUUUCAUUUUAAACAUUUAGACACUUAGAGGAAAAACACAAGAUUAUGCAUUCAUUUCCUCAUCAUAAAUCACAGUCACAUUUAAAAAAUAAUCUAAGAUAAGAGUUUAUUCCUUUAAAAUUAGGAUAAUCAAAUAAUGGCAUUUAGUUACAAAUUAUAGACUGAUAAAAACAAGAAGGAAAACAAGAAAACAAUAUUACACAAGAACCACCACCUAAGUUUCCUAUACAAUAUUUCAUGCAUCCAAAGCUGUAUGUACUUUGAAGAGAGAGAGAGAGAGAGAGAGAGAGAGAGAGAGAGAGAGAGAGAGAGAGAGAGAGAGAGAGAGAGAGAGAGAGAGAGAGAAGCACUCACCAUAAUGCAUGCAAUAUAUAUACUGCCAUAGAUAAACCUUGCAGCAGUGAACGCUGUGUAUUUAGUGCCAUGGAGUCCUCAUUUCUAAGAGCACAGCAAUAAGGCAGAUUGUUUGCAAGACACUGUUGUAUAAUUUAUGUGCCAGUUUGCCUUUUGGAAUGUAAAAAGCACCAAUUGCAUUUAAAAGGUUGGUGGUCCAGGCAGCGUGCUAAGAGAGGCUUGUUAUUCAUUUAUUGUGCUUUCAGUGAGCUGGUGGUAUAUGUAAGAAAAAUAGGAACUUGAGAGAAGCUGCAAGAAGCCAUCAGGCCUACACGUAGCUGUCCCUGUAUGUGUGUAUGUGCGUUUGUGUGUUGUUCAUGUAUACAGGUGCUAGAGAAUUGUAUACAUAUUGUCAUUAUUUCCACAUGUAUGGUAAUGAUUAGGUAUGUAUUGUAUUGCAAGGUUCUUUACUGACAAGCUAUCAAGAUUUUUCCAGAUUUUUCUUUUCUUUUUUUACUUUGUUUAUUUUUUAAAGCAGCAAAUUUGAGUCAGCUUUUUUUUUUAUAUUUAUUUAUUUAUUUAUUUUUUAUUUUGUGUCUUUCACCAAUAACUUGAAACACGAAAGCUUUUUUAUUUUAGGCAUUAUUGUUAUGUGAUGCAAGACUUUUUUUUUUUUGAGGAAACAGCAAACUUGACCUUUUUUUUUUUCGAUCUUUUUUUCCUUUCCAUAUUUUGCAUCUUUGGCCAGUCUUUUGAAACAUGAAAACAGGUGAAUUUUGGGGAUUAUUAUAUUAAGUAAGUGCAGCUAUUUUGUAGUAUAGGGAACAGAUUUGUUUAGGUUAUGUAAUAGUUUUUUUUUUAUAUACUUUUUGCUCUUGUUUUUAUUCUUCUGGUUCUUGUUUUUAUUCUUCUGGUUCUUGUUGUUAUUCUUCUGGUUCUUGUUCUGGAUCUUGUUAUUCUCCUCUUGUUCUUGAUAUUUUGUUCUUGUUCUUUUUGUUCUUCCUUUUCCAGCGUGCUUCUUAAUAAUGAGAAAAGUAUGUGUGUGUGUGUGUGUGUGUGUGUGUGUGUGUGUGUGUGUGUGUGUGUGUGAGAGAGAGAGAGAGAGAGAGAGAGAGAAAAUGUGAGUUUUCCAAAAUGAAUGAUGAAAAAGAGAAAGAGAGAAUUACCCCCAAAAAUACAAUAAACAAGACACAGAAACUCAUAGAUAACUUAUAGAAUAGAAGAAAACACACACACUUAUGCAAUAACAAUGCAUAAUAGCAACAAUAGUAAUAAUAAUAACAAUAAUAAUAGUAGUAAUAAUAAUAGCACCUUUUUCAUAGACAGCAAUAUUACCACCACCACCACUACUACCACCACCAUCACCACCCCCAUAAUCUCCCUUCAGUUGUCAUAGCGCCUUACACACUCAAAGUAGUAAAAGUAGUAGUAAGUAGUAGUAAUAGUAGUCAAGUUACCACACAAAUGCAUAGUAUAUAAAUAAAACGGAAAGUACAAGUUUAUUCUGCUUUAUCGAUAUGUUUGAAGAAUUUCCGAUGAUACAACAAUACACCGUGCUCCUUCUACGUAUAUUUUUUGACGGCUUAAGGCAGUGAUGUGGUGUAUAUGUGUAUGUGUGUUUGUAUAACUCAGCUUGCUCAAUUAUAUGCAAUACAGUGCUGAUGUACAAGCUUGCUGAUUAUUUUUUAUCUAUUUAUUUUUUUUAUUUUGGUUUGUCCCAACUUAAUGCAAACUUUUUUUUGUUUUUUUUUGUUAGAAUUGUGACUUUCCGCCACUCUUGCCACUCACCGUAAGAGUUUUAAUGGGACUUGUAAUUUUAUGCCAGUUAUUCAAUUCACACCAAGAGUUUUUUACGAGCAUUGCAAUUUUCUCCCACUCUUACGACUCUCAGUGUAAGAGUUUUUGUGGGAAUUAUAGUUUUCUGCCGCUCAGCACCUCUCACUUCAAGAGUCUUUGUGGCGUUGCAAUUUUGUGCCGCUGUCCCGACUCUCAGUGCAAGAGUGUUUGUAGGGACUUGCAUCUUGUUGGUGUGCACAGACCUGCCGGCGUGAGUCAGAUGUGCUGCGCUGGCGUGGGUCAGGUGUGCUGUGCUGUGCUGUGCCUGUUGCUGUCUUUGUUUGGCAGGUGUGGGUUCAGAGUCUCUCAUCCUGAACUCUUUGGGUUUGGGGUAGAGGUGGGCUGAUGUGUGUGACAUUUGUGGCUUGUGUAUGAUUGUGUUUUUACGAAGGAUUAAGGAAGUGUUGCCAGAUUGAAGGUAAAAGUGUGUGUGUGUGUGUGUGUGUGUGUUACUAUAGAGGAUUACUUUCUGAAAAAAAAAAAAAAUUAAUCAUACAUAAAUAACAAAUAUUGUACAUAAUUAUUUGUUGAAAAUAUAUCACUGAAUGUUAUGAUAACGUGUAUUUUGAAGUACUAAUUAUAUUUUACCUUGUAUAAGAACACAAGGAAAACUACUCAAAGCCAGCAAGCCUACACAUGGCAGCCCCUGUAAUAUGACUCAUAAUGUUACAGUACUGCUUUUGUGUUGCACUGGUGUUGAAGUACAGAUAAAUUUCAAAUAACAUUGGUAUUUUGGAAUAUUUCAGGUUUUAGAAUUCUUGAGAAAUUAUUAGUAUUCUUUAUAAAGGAUUAGAACUGUUGAUAAAAUAUUCUUCAUAAAGGAUUAGAAUUCUGGAAAAGACUAGAACUCUUGAUAAAUUAUUAAAACUUAUGAUACUCGAUUCUUGAUAAAUGAUUAUAAUUCCACAUAAAGGAUUAGAAGAGGAUAAAAGAUUAGAGGUCAGUUUAAGGGGAUCUGAACCUACCCGUGGGAUUUGCAGGAGAGCUUACAUGUGUUGCUGUGGACACAAUGCCUUCAUGGUGAUUCUCUGCCUGUGUGCAUUGCGAGAAAGCGAGCAAGCCACGCAUUACGUUUGGCCAGUGUGUAGAUGCAGCGUUUAUAGUGGCUGGAUGUGUGUUAGUCCCCUCACUGCUAGGCCAUUUGGAUAACUUUUCUCACAUGCACAAGUUUUGUAGAGCAUUUCUCUCAAAUCCACAGUUUUUAGGCUUUUUUUUAUUUUCUUAGUUUUAUGUGCUGGAAAAGACUGAAUUAGCCUCCUGUUCUCUCUCUUUUUUUUUUCUUUAUCUUCACAUCCUUGCAAAAACAAAAAAAACUUCCAAUACUCUGACGGUAGCAUUAAUCGGGUCAACUAACAAAUUAUUCAGUUUUCGUGAAGUACAGUAAACUCUCCAUUCACGUCAGGUGUAUGUUCCUAAAGAUGCCGCUUGAAGGGAAAAUGCGCAAACAAAUUGUAAUUUUCCCCACAAAAGAACAGUGGUGAUAAGAAAUUCCACCUUUUCAUUUGAUUUCUGAUAAUUAACUGUAUCUUGUGAGCAUCAUGAGCAUCACAGUAUUGUAUUAAUGUGAGGAAGUGCGUUUGUAGAAAAUUUUUACGUCAAAUUACUAAAUAAAUAAUAAGUGGAAAAGCGUAUAGAAAUCUCGUAUAAAUGCAGAGUUUACCGUAUCUUCGUAUAUUUUGGAUGUCGUGCAGUCAGGGAUGUAUAAUAUUCAGAAGCAUCUCCAGUGCUCAAGUGUGAAUAAGUGGGAGUUUUGACGGACAGAUAGACAACUGUAUACCGUGAUGCUUUCUGUGGAAUCUUGCUCUUCCAAUGAAUGCCAGGGAACGUUUAACAAGAUAACUUAAGUGGAAUUUUACCAGAUAAGCAACAGUGAGGUGGUGACUGGUAGGGAGAGAGGGUGUCCUUAUGUGAGGGGGUCUUGUAUAGGAUCCUUAUUUGAAUCAGGGUCUUGUUUUCUGGAGGUGGUGAGGGUCUUGACUGCUUGUGUAUGCUGUUUUUUUUUUUUUUUUUUUUUUUUUUUUUUUUUUUUUUUAAGAUUGGGAAGUUGAGAAGAGAAGUUGUUUUGUUUGUUGGGUAGGGAAGUUAUUGUACUUUUGGUUGGGUGAGGAAGUUGUUUUGAGUUGAGUAGAGAAGUUAUGUUUGAGCGGAGUAGAGCAGUUUUGUCUUAGUUGACUAGAGAAUUUAUGAUGUUUUAGUUGAGCAUAGAGGUUAUAGUAUUUUGAAUUUAGAGAAUUUAUUUAUGUUUUGAGUUUUAGCAGAGAAGUUAUCAUGUUUUAAUUGAAUAGAGAAGUUAUAACAUUUAAAUUGAGCAGAGGAAUUAUAAUGUUCAAAGUUUAGCAGAGAAAUCGUUACGUUUUUUGAGUCAAUGCUUAGUCUACAAUAUAUACAAUUCCACCUUAGGAUACACCAUCAUAGUACAUUUACACUUUUAAUUUCCCAUGAACAUAGUACAGUAUAUAAUAUUCCUUGAGUGCAGCAAACUAGCAUGACCUCACACCCACAAACUAGCUUCCAUAUCUCAUAGCAUACCAUAGAGCCAUAGAGACUGACCUAUAGAAAGAUACUUCAUAAUAAUUUAGCACGUAAGGUAGAUUUAGACUUUAAGUAACGACAGGAGGCAGGAAAAUGUACAGGGUGAUGCAGGAAGGAGAGUCAAGCGUGAGAUUCAUUUUGAAACACUUUUGCACCACACCUCCACUUCUUCCAAAGGCUCUAGUUGAAGUGGUACAGGUUUUUAAGUGUGUUUUUAAUGGUUCUAGUGACAGAUUAAUGAUCUUUGGGCAUUAUUAACAGGAGAAACACUCUUGAGAACCUGGCUGAUCUUCUCUAUGGCCUUGGAAAACAGUUGUGGUGAGAGAGCAAAGACUGGAAAUUGGGAUAGGAUAAAAGGAGUACAGGUGUGAAAUACGUGCUGGAAGAAGCAGAGAGAUGGAAGAAGUAAGAAAAGAAUGUUUGGAUAGGGAGAGGUAGAGACUGGAAGGUGGAAGGAUUGAGUAAAUGUGAAAUGUUUGGGUAGAAAGAGAUGGAAGAAAAGAAAGGAAUGUUUGGAUAGGGAGAGGUAGAAAAUGGAAGGUGGAAGGAUUACGUAAAUAUGAAAUUUUUGGAUAGAAAGAGAUUGAGGCUGGAAUCAGGAUGGGAUAAAUGUGUACAAAAGAGGUGCUAGUAUUGAUAAAACAUUUGAACAGGCAAGAAAUGUUUGGAUAAGGAGAGAUGGAGGCUGCUUUGCUGUGGCCACCUCAUCAAGGAAUGCCAGAGAGAGAGAUAAGCAUCAUUCAUUACUGCCCAAAAAAAAACAUUGAUAAACAGCCUGUAUUUUGUAGAUAAGGCAACGCUGUGUGACUGCAUGGCUGGAUAAGGUGGCUGUUUGACUUUCCAUGUGUAAAUAAGUGAUGUUUGGGCAGCCUUUGUGUAAAUAUAAAUGUGUGAGUGUAAUAGCCUGUGUUAUAUAUAAGUUAUCAUAAGGUAUCUUGUCCUAUACUUACAACAAGGUGAGGUGUUUUGAAGGAAGACAGGGAAGGUUGAUUAAUUUAAUGUUCAUAGUGUGAAGAGAAGUUUUCCGUCUGUGGGUAAAGUUGCCAGUAUCUUUAAUUCCCGACGUUAAGGUGUAAUGCCACGUAAUUCCUGAUGUCACUGUGUAAUGGCGCAUAAUGAUGUUUCCCGAGAUGUCUGCUUGUCUGAUGUGAUGUCCCCGUGUGUGUCCUCGGCUAAGGUGUCCUCACCCAGCCUGGUCAUGUUGGCUCCAGGUAAUGCUAAGGACUCCGAGGAACCGAAGCACGCUGCUGGAAUGAAUCUCUGGGAAAGGCGGGAUUUUAUUGUAAACCCAAUCUGAUUUGUGUGUAGAAUGAGUAAGGGUUGAAAUGACUGCAGGUGAAUGAUGAGCUAGGAUGAGAAAUUUGAAUUGAUUGAUGUGAGAGAUGAAUAAGGUUUGAAAUAACUGCUGAUGAAUAAUGAGCUAGUAUGAGAAAUUUGAACUGAUUUAUGUGAGUAAUAAAGUUUGAAAUAACUACAGAUGAAUAAUGAAUUAGUAUAAAAAAAAAUGUCAACUUAGAAAUAUGAAAAGUUCUUGUUUGUGCUGAUUUUGAGAAUAGAAAAAAAUUGAAAAAUCUCAUUAAUAAUAUUGACAAGUAACCAAUGUAAGAAAUUCAGUAUAUAUGGUUGAUUCCGGUUCAUGAUGUUUUGAUCAUUGAGAGCUGUGUGAGGAGGGUGACUCAUUGGAAGUAAUAUUGUGGUUCAUUGUUAGAUUACAAAUUCAUGGUUUAGAAAAAUCUUGGUGCUUGGGGACACUGGCAUGCUGAGGAAUAUAUGGUGUGCAUAACAAGAUAAACAAUAUUUUUAUAAUUUUGAUAUACAAUAAUUUUCUUUCUGUACAUAAUUUCACUUAAAGCAUAUCGGCUUGACAAACGAUAACGCAUGUACUACACCUACUUGUAUAUCAUGGAAGUCUGUCCAAACAAAAUAAUGUAUAGGAAGUUCACAUUGAUAAAAACUUGUGGCUUGCAAACAAUGUCCUGUAGAAAUAAGAUUUGAUCCCUUGCAUGGACGACUCACAGCAAAUUGAAACAAAUACUUGAAGCAUGUGGAAUGUGAUACGGACAUAUUCUCCAUUACAUAUAUACCUUCAUUCCUGCAAUACGUAUGUGCCAAUGGCCAGAGUCACAUAUCCCGGAGGUCAUCACUAGGGUAGGUGUUAGCUGUAAGGGGGCGGGGCAGCGAAGCCUCGAUGUGUUUGAGGCAAGACAAGUUUAUUAUGCUCCAAAAGGCAGGUUUAUGACUUCAAAAGAUAAAUAAACUCUACUUGUUAGCUGUAAGGGGGCAGGGCAGUGAAGCCUUGAUGUAGAGAAGUAAAUAAACUACUUGUUAGCUGUAAGAUCAGUGAUGCAGUGAACUCUUGAUGGAAAGAAGUGUUUUUGGAGGGAAGACAAGUUUAUUAUGUAAAAAAAAAAAAAUAAAUAAAUAAAUAAAAAAUUGAUGCUCAUUACUGGUAAAUCUCUCAAACUCAGAUAUUGUAUGUAUAAUUGGAAACAGUAAGGGCUUGUUGUAUUUGCCUCUUAUAAUGAUUAGAAGUUCAUCCCAGGCUGGUGUAUAAGGCUGAAAGGGAUUGUUAUCUGCAACACUCACUACAUCAGGGUUGUAUCAAGGGUUCACUGUGCCUGGAUGGUAUUUGAGGGGGAAAUAAUGCAGGUGUACAGGAAAGGAAGGCAUGUUGUGAUGAAGUGAUGUGUGUGGAAAGGCAAGAAGGAAAUAUGUUAUGGAUGUGGAAAUAAUGAAGACUGUAAAGUAAGGAAGGGAGGAAGGAGGGAAGGAAUGUUACAAGAAAGAAGUAUUGAAGAAAGUAAUGUUGUAAGGAUGAGAUGAAAAGUAAUAAAGGAAGAAUAGACAAGAAGAAAUGCUGUAAGAGUGAAAUGAUGAAUUUUAAUGUAAAAAUUAUUUUGUGUUGUAAAAAUGAGAUUACUGAAAUUAGUUAAAGAAAAUUGGCUCUUGUGUAAGAAUUAGAUGAGUAUGGAAGUGAGAAAGAAUGGUGGAAAAGUGAAAUGACGAAAAUAAUGCAAGAAAGUUAGUUUACAGGAAUGAAAUUGGUCGAAAAUUCAGAAAAAAUUGUUGUGAGAAUGAGAUGAUGAAAGUAAAGCAAGGAAAUCGACUUUGUAAAAAAAAUUAAAUGAGUGUGAAAGCAAGAAAAAUUUAUGUGAUAUGAAUUAGGUGAUGAAACUAAAGAAAGACAUUGAAGUUAUAAGAGUGAAAUGAUGAGUAAAAGUAAAAGUAAAAAAGAAAGAUAUAUAUAUUAUAUUAGAAGAAUGAAGUUAAGACAAAAAAAAAAAAAACGAAUAUAACAAGAAAAAAAAGCAAGAAAAAAAAAACAUAAUGCAACCAACAAAAUUCCAACCUUUAGAAUUUAGAUAGACAAAUAAUGAAGUGAAAUAGGUGAAUAGAUAGAAAGAUAUAAGUUAUGGAUAAACAAAGGACUAAGUAGAGAGAGAGAGAGAGAGAGAGAGAGAGAGAGAGAGAGAGAGAGAGACCUAACCUAACCCCCUCUAGUGGCAGCUCCAUAACCUCUAUGCAGGGGUUCAAUAAAGGCAGAAAUGUACCAAUGAGGAAGAAGGGGUGAUGUUUUUGCCUGCCUGUUGUGUUUCCUAUUGCCUUAUUGUUUGCUGUGGCUUCAGUAGCACCGGUGGAGAUUAUGGGAGGGUGUGGCACUGAGAGAGAGAGAGAGAGAGAGAGAGAGAGAGAGAGAGAGAGAGAGAGAGAGAGUUACCUGUUAGUGAUAGCAAAAGCACAAAUUUAAGAUAGAAAAAAUAAUAUAUAGGUUGUCAGAGAAAACAUUAUUAUUAUUAUUAUUAUUAUUAUUAUUAUUAUUAUUAUUAUUAUUAUUGUUAUUUAAACAUCUGUGCAGGACAUUAUUAUUAUUAUUAUUAUUAUUAUUAUUAUUAUUAUUAUUAUUAUUAUUAUUAUUAUUAUUAUUAUUUAAACAUCUGUGCAGGACAUUAUUAUUAUUAUUAGUUAUUAUUAUAAUAAUAAUAAUAAUAAUUAUUAUUAUUAUUAUUUAAACGUGCAGGACAUUAUUAUUAUUAUUAUUAUUAUUAUUAUUAUUAUUAUUAUUAUUAUUAUUAUUAUUAUUAUUAUUAUUAUUAUUACUGUCAGUAUUUUUAUCAUUACUAUUAUUAUUAUUUCAUAUCAGGCCUAUAAAAACAGUAGGCUAAUUUCCGUAGGUUUAGACGGUCCCUUACAUUGUACUUUAUCAUGUAGCGAUAUAUAACAAAGUAUAACAAUGAAUACAAGUAAAAAAUAAGUGAAUAAGUAAAACAAUUCACGAAUAUCACCACCUGACAUCACAGACGCAGGUAAAUCAGUCAUUCACACGUACAGCCAUUCCUCGUUUCCCAUCGGGGUCAGGUGACGGACACACCCCUGGAAAAUUAGUACCCCCCUUUAAGAACAUCCCUGAGUACCCAAAGCCUUGUUGAAAUAAAGAAAAAAAAAACUGCAUGUACGUGAUUACAAACAUUUUAUUCAUCAGUUAACAAAAGAAAGAAAGAAAUAAAGAAAGGAAAGAAUGAACACUGAUAGGCUGCCUUUCAUCGCCUCCUGUUAUUUAAAUUUGUGGUCGUUAGCAAUCCGUGGAAAAGUGACUGGAAACUGAAACUGUGGGUAACGAGGGAUGACUGUAUACCACUAACUGAAUAAAUAACCGCAUGACUAACCGUAUCUUAUGACGUGCAUUCUAUUGUGGCUUUAUAAAGGGCUGUGGACAAAGACUUUAUUUUGAUAGUUGUACGCAGGUUGUAUCCCAUCUAAAGAAGGAAAAAAAAAAAGACAAUUGUUUACCAUAUGAGUCUUAUUAAUACUAUAAGCUAUGUGCAGUCGUGGCCGGAAGUUUAUUUACAUGCCGUUUUCUAUUCCACUAAUUUAAACGAUUAGAUCAGAGGAUGGAAGACUGAAGGAAGAUUGAAGAAAGUGAAGGAAGAGUAAAGGAAGGCUGAAAGAAGGCAGAAGGAAGAUUGAAAGAAGACAGAAGGAAGAAAGGAAGAGAAAAUAAAGGAAGAUUGAAGAAAAACUGAAGGAAAAUUGAAAGAAGGAAGAAUGAAGGAAAACAUCGUGUACAAGACUUCUGGCCACGAUUGUACAUUCACUAAUCAAUCAUAUUAAUACUUUUCCAAUACACAGCUGAUGUUUAUUAUUAUUCACUGUUACUAUUAUUCACUAUACAUGUCACUCGAAUAUCGAAUGUUUUUCUUUUAUUUAUUUAUUUUUUUAUGUAUAUCAUUUAUUCGUAUACUAAUACAGUUGGAUGUAAUUAAGUAUCUAGACUACAAGUCAUACUAAUACUACCGUAACCCUUUAACGUAAUUACUUGACAAUUCACAAAAAGACAGUGUUUGAAGUCUUUUAGAACACCUACAAGAAAGAAAAAUGGAAUGAAAAGCGUAGAUUAUCAAUUUUUAACUAGUGUGAUAAGUAAAAGUGGGUAUAGAACUGUAAAAAAAAUACUUAAGAGUGGUUUGUGAUCAAGGAAACACAUCAAAUAACAGUGAAAAGGUUAAUACACAACUGAUAUCAUAAUUCACUAUGCAAUCAUUAAUACUUCCACCCCAAAACACAGCUGGAUAUAUCAUUCACAAUACAGGCAUACUAAUAUAUCUUUAAUACUCAGCUGAUGUUGUUAUUUACUAUACAAAUCAUACUAAUAUUUUGCUUAAUACAGAACGGGAUAGAAUACACACUCUACAAGUCUUAGUAAUACAUCUUAUACAACACUGGAUACAAAAUACAAAAUGAUUCUUGGUUUACACGAUGUAUAUAUACUCAAAGGCAUUGUUUUAACAGAUAUUGUAUAAAAAAAUAAUAGUAGUAAUAGUAAUAAUAAUAAUAAUAAUAUUAAUAAUAAUGAAAAAAAAGGGUAGAUCGUGGAUUUGACCUGAUGAAUUACACUAUUUUCCCCUUGAAUUCGUUUAUAUAUAUGAUGAGUGAAUGAUACUAAUCCCUAGGUACAGUUUAUCCUUGUUUCUGACUUGAAAUAUGAAAGCUAAAACUACAGAAAUUCAAGGGACGAGAAGAUUUAAAAGGCAAAGAAAAAUUAAGAAAAUUAUUGUUAGGUUGUGCUGAAGUGAAAACAUCUUGCAAAUUCAAUUAAAUUUACCCCUUUGACUGUUGUUUGGCACGUCUUUCCUUAAUCACCAAUCACUCUGAGACAUCUUUACUUGAUCAACAGCGUAGGAAUUGCAAAAUCCAUUCUUUUUAAUCCCCCCCUCCCUUCUUUCUUGUUUUCCAUUGCAGUGAAAGGGUUAAUAUAUUCAUGUUAAACUGAAUUCAUAUAUAAAAAAAAAUGUAAACCAAAAGAAAUGAUGUAAACCAAGAAUCACCAGUGUAUUUCCUCUAUGUCUGUAACUUUUCACAACCUCCGUGUCUUCGAGAACUCAAUCCGGUCACAAACUGUAUACUCUAUGAAAAAAAAAACACAAAUAUACGUUAAGCCUUAUGUGUUAUUUACGUGUAGGAGGGUCCGAUAUACACUCACAUAGGACUACAAUGUGCUGAGAUGCUUAAAAAGGCCCAUGUGCAAUCAGUAUUAUUGUGUCAGUAUUCUAAAGCAGGCUGGAAUGUGAAGGGUAGUCAGUUUAGUAAUUUAGUUGUUUUGGCGAUGUUCUUUAUAUUUCCGUUUUCUUUCUUUAUUUAUUUUUAUUUCUUUAUUUAUUUUUUCUUCCCAGUGUUAGUUAAGACAGACAAGCUAAACACACCACACCUCACGACCAGAAUGGAAGAAUUUUGUCCCUGUAGGUGGAAAUACAGAAGUAGGCAGGGCGUUCCAGAGUUUACCGGUGAAAGGGAUGUUUAGCCACAGUUAAUGGGAAUACUGACGAAGUUAUUAUUAUUUUUUUUCUUUGGUCUUUCGGAACAGUCUUAUCAUUUCAAAUAAAGUCAGUGAGUUAGUUAUGAUACUCACUAUUCUUCCUCUCUUCCCUGUCGUAGUGCAGUUAGUUAACCCAUAAUUAACGAAAAUACUAGCAAAUUUGGUGGCUUUUGGUCUUUCGUAAACCUCUUAUCAUUUCAAACAGACAGUCAGUUAACAUUUCAACAUCCUCUCUCCCGUGUGGUGGUGAUAAUCUAGCCACACUUAGGGAACAAAUGAAUACUGGCAUGAUAAUAAUACUGGCCGCGUGUGGGGAGUUGUAGGGGAGACUAAAAGAAUACUGCUUGGUUAUGUGAGGGCAGUGACCAGUGCUGGGAGUGUGGGGCAGCGUGACCACACCCAGCCAGCCAGCCAUAGUAGAGGCUCAUGCAUGUACUGAUUUGUAAAGGCAGCAAUAAAGUGAUGAAUCAGGA